AACCGGAAGCAGACCUGUGUUUUAGCUAACUUACCGUUGGUGCUAUAUCCGUUUUUUCGGACUCGAAGUGAAACGUCCGUCGGUGUUAUUUUUAGAAGUACACCCAGUUAAACCACGGUAUGUUGUUUUACACGCGACACGAUAGCAUUAUAUAUAAGUACUCCCACCAAUUCUUGUCUUUUUGAAAAAGCAGGAGGAGAAUAAUCGUUCGCUCGUAGCUAGCUGUUAGCCUGUUACGUUGUUAGCGGAAGCGUUGAGCCGCGGGGGAUUUUUGUUUUCCACAACUCGGUUUAUGUGUUCGACACUUUACAGAAAUGUUGGACGGUUCUUUGACUCCGGGCGAUGAAACGAACAUCGGCAACUCCGAGAACAACAACAACCUGAUGGUGAAGCUGUUGUGCGGCGGCGAUGCGUUUCUCACCGGGAACAAAGCGAGGCAGACGAUGCUGCUCAAGAAAGGAGGGAAGAAGCUGCGGACAACGACUGCGGCGACGACGCAGCAGCUCAACCAUCAGCACCAGAAACACGCGAGAAACACUCCGAUCAUCCGCCUGUUCGACCACAACAACAACACGACCGGUCUGACUUCUAACAAAGCCGCAAGUCAGUCCGGAACCGAACCUGCUGCUGUAACACAGACGGUUCUGAGCCUACAUCCUCUCAAACAGGGCGCCAGGAAAGACGUGCUGAAAUCCAAAGGUGGCAGAUUGGAUCGUGGGCCCGGACAGACGGGAGGACACACCAGCCACAACCUUCCCAGACACGACCACCACGCGUCCCAAAAUGUCAACAACCGCGGCCACAAGCCCAAGACUGCGAGCCAAACGCCCGGUGCUCCUCGCGCAACGAAGCGUCACGACCACCAGCACCACCACAGCAGCCCCAACAAGACGUGCUCUCCUCACCAGCCACCGUCACAAGAGCAGAAGAGGCCUCUCCACGCCUCCAACAACGUGAAGACUGCGAGCACGCCGCCGCCCGCUGAAACUGCCACAGAAUACCUCAAAGACGGCGAGAAAGUCUACGCGGGAGCUAAGUUCAGCGAGCCGCCGUCACCCAGUGUCUUACCCAAACCGCCCAGCCACUGGGUCGGAGAGAACCGGCCUCACCACGGCCACCAGAGCCGAGAGCAAAUGGCCGUUCAGUUAAAGUCGCUGCUGAAAGUUCAAGAUGCGCCGUGACGGCGCCCUGGUGCACGCCUAAUCUGACCCAACAGCAAGAAAAGGGAAAAGCCAACAAUCAGAAAAAUGAUAAUCCCACAAAUGGAAUUUGACCUUUAACACACUGCAAUACCACGGAGGGAUUUUUUUUCUUUUCUUAAUCAACAUUAGUACAAUUUCAACGUCACGCCAACGCGUUUGCUGCACGUGUGAACAUUCCGGUGACGUCAUGCUGUGUCAGGAGAUAUAGAUGUUUACUGUUACCGAUGAUACAGACUUUAUUCUUUUGGCAUUGUGAAGAAUUUUUGACCAGUAUUGGACACAAUAUACCGAUGUGUAUCGUAUCAGCUUGUGACUGACAUGCUGUGUAUGUCAGUGUUUAAUCAAAUAUUCUUCUUCCGGGGUUUUUUUUUGGUCUCCAACAGUAACGUGAUCGGUGUUUACGUUCUGCAGAAGACGAAAAACCUGAUGACGACGGCACUUUGUUAGCGUGGACACGUUUGAAGAGGCAGCCUUUGUGCGAUUGACUUUUUACCAAGCGUUUUUUAAAAUAUAUCGUAUAUCUGUGUGUAUUUUUCCUGAGAUUUUAGUUUUGUUACUCAGUUAUUAUUUUUAUUAUUUUUUACUUCUGUUAUUUUUGUUCUGCUUCAAAUGUCACCCUGCUAACUGAGGCACUUUGCUACGGAUCCUUCAACGCAACACACAGUGGACGUUAAAGAAAGAACGCUUCUUGCGCAGUUGCACUGAAAAAAACAAACAAAAGACGUGCGUUAAAGGGCAGGAAUCCUCGAGUUGACCAGCCACUUUGAUUAGGGAGAGCACUUUGGAGGGAGCUUUCCUCUUCUUUGAACGCGGGUCCUGCUGGUGGGAAAUUUCGUGUCGCAUCAGGGACAAAUGAAGCUGCCGAGGCCGUUAAAGUCUCAAUGAACGGAGUAAAACAUGAUGAUGAUGAGAAUGAUGUGAAAAGUCUGAACCAGCUGCUACAGAACGUCUGUAAUCCAGCAACUGUAGUCAUUUCUUUUACUUCACCGCACUGAUGUCGGCACGUCCACAUCAAACCGGAACUUUGCAGCGCUUUUUCUCUGCAGAGCUCCCCCUGCAGUUUCGGAGUGCAUAUUUUCUCGAGGCCACAGCAAACGUCCAUUCAUCCGUCCAUCGUCUACCUCUUUAUCCUCACUGUUUAAUGGAGCCAGCAAACACGAGUCAUGUCCAUGGCGGUCGACAUCCGUCUUUCACGCUUCUGUGUUCUUAAAAUGGCCGACGUUUACCCGUGUGUCGUUUCCUCUGGCGACGGUCUUCUCUGCGUCUUUUUCGCCGGCUCUGACACAAUGAGCGUCUAAAAUCACAACUUCACUACCUUGAUCUUCUCGACUGUUUAUGUUUUAGUGCCGUGAAGCAAAAUUCGAAAGCAAGAUUCUCCUGAUUCGUAAGGACUCUGCUUCACCUGCCCUGAUCUUGCAAGGCUGGUUUCCCGCUAAGACAGUAGGGGGCAGUGGUGUCAGCCCCUUAAUCUCCUCACAACAAGACAUUUAACCAUGACAAUGACUCUGAAGAUGUUACAUUUAGCCUCCUUUUCACACCAAGUUGUUUUUCUAUCGUUCAUAAACGGGAGUUUUUCGUGUUUUAUAAAAAGCGGGAGUAUCGCGCAUCGCUACGUCAACACAUUCCAUUCUUUAAAAAAAUAAUGUUCGAUAAUAAAAAUGUGUUAAUUCAGAAAACAUCUUCUAUUUCCCCCGUGAACGCCGCGUGCUUCCGAACUAAAUUACUCGUGCCAUUGUUGUCUGUCGAUAAAUUUGAUUAGCGCUGGAAUAAUUUGUCGGAUAAACUCUGCGAAUCCUUGUAAUUGUUUGCGUCAUUAUCCAGAUGUAAAAUGUGUUUUUUGUGUAUUUGUGUUGGACAAAUCACUUAAGCAGUAAAAUAAUAACGUUAUUGAUUCGCCGCGGUCGUUAAAUAUUACACAGAUCCACUGAAGUCCCGACAGGUUUUAUAUGCAACAUUUGAAUCUGUGUGCACCAAGCAUUUGUUAUAGAUUUUAUAUUUAUAAAUAAAUGUAUAUAUUUACGUGGACUUUUUUUAUUAUUAUUGUUUAAUUUUUAUUUAUAAAUGUCGAUAAAUAUCUUAAAUAUCUUUUUUUUCUCUCGACUGUUGGGUUACAAUUUGCAGCUACAGGAGAAAAAUAAGUCGUAGUAGAAAAGCAAACAAACGCGCGAUAUUUAUCGAUGUUUUAUCGAUAUUGUGCGCACAAGGUAGAAAAAUAAAAAAAUAAAAUCACAGAUCUGGAUUUUAGCUGCUCCGUGGUGAACGACUGCUGGUCUGACAGUUUGUUCCGGACAAAUAACGAUGAUGCAUAAUGAUGAUGAGAUUAACAGGGUUCCCACAGGUCCUUGAAGUCCUGGAAAGUUUGUGAAUGUGAAAAAAUAGAAAUGGGUCAUUGAAAGUGCUUGGAUUUUGUGCAGCAACGAAUUGGCCAACGCAGCGGUGUGGUGCACGCUGUCCACUGUCUUGACAUGAGACUCCAUGCAGAACAGUGAGCGAGUAAAGUUAAGCAAAGAGAGCGCAAAUGCCUGGGAAAUGAAAACACCAAGAUCUCUGUCUUACCAAAGACAAAUGACAAACUUUGACCAAGGUCCUAAAAAGGACAAUCACUUGUCCAGAGCAUUGUUGCAGAUCAAUAAAAGCGGACGCCAUCAUGGACAAAGACAACACUCGUCCAAGCUGUCCUCCGUCUUAAGCUGCGUCGGCACAUUCUAGUUCUUAGAAAGACCUUGAAAAGUCCUUGAACUUAAUGUCAACCAAGGUGUGGGAACCUUGCGUUUAAGAAAAUGGCUGCUGUUCUAAAUCGGUACGAUUUUGUUGUUUUUCAGGCGUAUUUUAGCUUCAUCUGCGUAAAUUAUAUAUAGUUUUACUUCUUUCUUGUUUUCACACAUCAAGACAUUGGAGCACAUUCAUGUUUCCGAGAGCAGUGUGGUGUGGAUUUAUCGCAGAAUUUUCUAAUUAUGUAACAUUUUUUUAAAUAUGUAUUCUUUCAUGGUGCAGGCAGCUUCUGUGACGUCGCACAUAAAUGGAAAAAAUGUACCAAUGUUGUUAAAGGAAAGAACCCCUCCCCUUUUUUAAAAAAACAAAAAUAUUGCAGUGUUUUAGUUCCACUUCACUAUUUGGAAAAAUGUUUUUAUGAAGCCUUUAAUAACAAAAAUCGAAUUAAAAUAUUGGUUUUCCCCCGA